CAGUGGAGAUUUUCAAUUUUAAAGAAAAUAGCAGUGUUCCACAAAAUACAAAAAAUGUUUAUCGAUUCAGACUCUGAUUCUGAUUUGGAAGAUGCUAUUUUGUUAUAUAGUGCAGUGCUUGCCGAAUCUAUCAAAAAACAAAAAAAGAAAAGGCAAAAUAAAAGCAUUUAUUUGAAGAAGCGACAAAAAAGUGGCAGGUUUGCAAGAGAUGUGAGUUGUAUUCUGCAAAUUCGUUCAAUUAGUAUUUUUUAAUUUGUCUAAUAUAGUUUCAGGAUUUAAUUAAAGAUCCCAUAAGAUUCUAUGAAAAUUUUCACAUGGACGUGAUAACUUUUCAGCGGAUCCUAUCGAUGGUGACACCUUAUUUGAAGCCCAAGAAAAUGACUCGGCCAACAGAUGGAAUAUCUCCGAAUCAAAAGUUGGCGGCAGUGUUAGAGUACUUCGCUUGCGGAAGUCUGCAAAGGCACAUCGCUUCUGUGUAUAGGAUAAGUAAGCAACAUUUUGGUAAAAUAAUUGAUGAGGUUUCGAUUGCCCUCAUAUCAGCAUUAAAUGAAUACAUUCCACCAUAUGAUGCCAACGUCAUGAUUAAUGCUGCAAAUGACUUCAACUACCAAUGGAAUUUUCCAAAUUGUGUUGGAUCAAUUGAUGGAAAACAUAUUGCCAUUAAAUGUCCUCCCAAAGCUGGUAGUAUGUUUUUCAAUUACAAGGUAAAGUGAUAUAAAUUAUAGAUUAUCAAAAACUGUAUUUAUAAUUUUAUUCGUAGGGUUACCAUAGUAUUGUUCUUUUGGCUGUCGCCGAUGCCAAAUAUAAAUUUUCGUACAUUGAUGUCGGAGCUUAUGGAAGCGAAGGAGACGCAGGUGUUUUUUCGAGCAGUAAAUUGGGAAAAGCAAUGGCAAACGA